CUCAGAUAGAGGCGACCUGAUGAGAUCUCGAGGCACUAAAGACAGAGCAAGGCAUCUCAAAAGAGGGUCAACAGCCCUGCAGCAGCUGAAGACCCAAGGUACAUAAAAGGAUAGUAGUACGAGAAAAGUAAAGCUUUCAUCCUGAGAGCUACUAAAAUUUUGAUUAUCCCGAUGACAAGUAGACUUCACUAUUUUAAACUCUAGGCGGUACUUCGCCUGUACAAGAGUGUUUGCAAGUCAAACAAGAGCGCCGAGAACGAAGUAGAGAGAGGUAGGAGAAAGAGAAUCGGUUCGUCUUGCAGCGUCAUGGCCUUCAAUAUAACUACUGGUGGUGGAAAGAGCCUGAUCGCUGGGGCCAUCUUGCUCGUACUGUUCACCACUGUAAUAACGAGGUCAUUCUUAGCAGCUCCGUGUGGUUUAGAGAAUCAGAGGCGGCCACGUGAUGAGGCUCACCCACCGCGCCCCACGACCAGACCACCGGCACCGGCUGCACCGCUUGGCGUAGUGAAGGUGGCUGCGCAAGAAAGAAGCAGCUUCUGGGCCAGCACAGUCCGUGAUACGUUUCCCAGCAUCGCAAUGCCAGCGACUCGGAGUGAGUGGAUAGAGGCGAUGCGGGCCUCCUUGUUUCUGCAGGGUUUGACACCCACCACGUCCUGUCUUCAAACACGAUACGGCAUACUGGGAGAUGGAGGGAAAACCCUCUGCAACGUCCAGCAAUUCCUGACCAACUCGGAGUGCCUUGUCUACAGUGUCGGCGUUCAGUACACGUGUGAGGUGGAGAUGCAACUGAACCGAGAUUUCCCACAGUGCACGAUUCUCAUGUUUGAUCCCACAUCCAAGGAGUUCUUCAAAACAGCCCGUUGCUGUAAGGUCAACAACAUGCAAUGUAUACCAAAGGCUCUGGGUGGAGGAGACGGAGUGGCAGAGAAAGACAAGGUCGGCAUCGCGGGAGCCACGCUGACGGAGCUCAUGAAACAGCAUGGUCACGAGGGACGGACAAUCAAUCUACUCAAGAUGGACAUUGAAGGCAGUGAGUACAACGCAUUGGAAUACUACAUGAAUAGUGCACAGAUUGCUUUUCCUCGUGUUCAUCUGCUGCUGAUGGAGAUUCACAACUUAGCAGACUCGUCUAUUCGUGAACGCCUGAAGAAACUAAUCGUGUGGCUGGAAAGUUUAGGUCUCAGUGUGUAUUACGUUGAGCGCAAUCCUUAUUUUCCAAUGACUGGUGCUGAAAUUGCACUUGUCAAUCGAUCGCUGUUAGUACGUGUGUAGCUGCAGACUGCCAGGCUAUAAUUAUGCUAUAUCGACGGAAGUUUGUCGAACUACCCAACGCGUUAACGUCUUUCUGCGUGGUUCCCUCGUGCAAGACCAUCGCCAUGCGCAUAAUUCAUGCGGUCAAUGAUGCAAGACAUUUCACCAGGGAGUCGUAAAAUGCCGGUAUUUUACGACGCAGGUUGACGCCUCGAUACGUGAUCAGAACUCCUCAUUAAUUUUGUAUUUGUCAUUAUUUAUCGAGUCGACCCGGGAUAGCCCAGGCACCACUAACUAUUCUGACACUGAGUUCGUAUUCGAUGAAUAGGAAGACGAUUCUAUGUACUGUACUGUUGAUCGCCUACUUAGAAGAUCAUCUUAGACACUUGGUAGAAGCACAUUGGUAUUGAGUAGAACUAGAAGUAUAUAUUUCCUAUUAAUUUUGAUUUUCAUUGUAUUGAUUGUUUUGCACAGAUCUACAUGUACACACAAAAGACAUAACGGAGGUUUACAGAUUUGUCGCAACUCAGAGUUUCAUCAGGUUUCAUCAGGUUUCAGCAGGUUUCAUCAGGUUUCAUCAGGUUUCAUCAGGUUUCAGCAGGUUUCAGCAGGUUUCAUCAGACGGCUAUAGUCUAUAGUCUAUAGUCUAUAGUCUAUUGUCUAUAGUCUAUAGUCUAUAGUCUAUAGUCUAUAGUUUCAGCAGACGGCUAUAGUCUAUAGUCGCAACUGAGGAUUGCAUUGAGCAAGAAACUCUGAGUGGCGACAACUCUGUAAACCUCCGGUGUUCCUUUUGUGUGUGAUAGUGCUCCAGAUUACUGAGUUGAGCCCUCUCCGCUGGCAGAACUAAGUUGUCCGCCAUGUACAUGUUGAUGACUAGAAUUGCCUUCCACACACUAAACGAUCCAUGAACAGCAAGAUGCCUGGUGAUACCCCAGCCCUUGACACUUGCAGUUUGACUUUGAAAAGAAACAGUACAGCUACAGGUCAGCGAAUCCACCUCAGAGUUCUCUUGUCGCCUGUAUCCGUGUCUAGCCGCUCUGGACACUGGCGCCUUGACUCUGAUUGAGCACUUGUCUGAGCUCCACGACUUGGGCUGAUUUUUCCAUAAUCUACUGCUUUUCCUCUCUUACAAAAAUGAAUUUUGGUGCUAGGACCUCGGUAGGGUGUGGACAGGGCACUGUAAUCUCAACAAUGGUGAAUAUUCAGUUUGCGCACAGCUAGCCGUCAAUGGAAACUUAUUUUAUAUUAUUAUUUUAUGGGUAAUAAUCCCAGUCAGGUUUACCGCGCGCACGCACACACACACAUAAUUAUAUACACACGCACACGCACACACACAUACAUACACACACACCACACACACACAUACAUACACACACAUACAUACACACACACACACAUACAUACACAUAUUGAUCCUUGAUCCUUGACCUUGAUACACGUUGCCUUGAUAGGUUACACACGGUCCCCGUCAGGGGGAAAAUGACCGUGCUUCCAGCAGGGCUUUUAUGUUUAUGUAUCUACAUGUAUGUCAUUCGGAUCUUCCCAAGUUGUACAAUGCACAUUGUACUGUUGAGAUACCGAAUUCAAAUAAAUCAAUACCAUACCAUACCAGGGCUCGAACCUGCGACAUUCGCGUUAUUCAGCACGACGCUCUAAGGCCGCGGUCACACCGAGCUCGAUUCAGCCGUUCAGCCGAAACAAGCGCUUGUUUACGUCACUAUUACCAUGGAAAUGGCUGAAAAAUGUCCUACAAGCGACUUUCAGCCGUGGCUGACUCUCAGCCGUUUUUUUCCGGCUUGUUUCAGCCACAGCUUGUACAAGCGGCUGAAAGCCGAAAUUCAAAAAAUAAUUUGAGU